UCAGGCGGUUGGACACGACUUCAAAUCGGUAGGAGUGAGAAUAGUUCCUGCUUCAACAGUGAUUGAACGGAACCCCCCCCAAAGUCCUAUGGUGUCCACGUUUUCUGACUUCAUUGUCUGUUGUUUAUUUCAGUCAUUAGAGGAACUCUCACAAUGGCAUCCCAGGUUCGCCAGAACUACCACAGCGAUUGUGAAGCCGCCAUCAACCGCAUGGUUAACAUGGAGUUGACUGCCUCCUACACCUACAUGUCAAUGUCUCACUACUUCAGACGUGAUGAUGUGGCCCUGGAAGGCUUUGCAAAAUUCUUCAAAGAGCAAAGUGAUGAAGGGAAUGAGCAUGCACAGGAGUUGAUGGAAUAUCAGAACAAAAGAGGUGGUCGCAUCUUCCUUCAGGACAUCAAGAAACCGGAAAAGGAUGAGUGGGGCUGUGGUCUUGAUGCAGUGCAAGCUGCUUUAAAGCUAGAGAAAACGAUCAACCAGGCUUUACUAGAUCUUCACAAAAUGGCAUCUGACCGUGGGGACCCUCAUCUCUGUGACUUCCUAGAAAGCCACUUUCUGAAUGAAGAGGUGGAAAUCAUCAAGAAAAUGGGCAACUACAUCACCACUUUGAACAAGACUGGAGCUACCAGCAGUGGGUUGCCAGAAUACUUGUUUGACAAACUCUCCCUGAAGGAGAGCAGUUAACGGAAUUUUAUAUAGUGCUCAGUAAACCAUUCCAUUGGUUGCACAAGACUUGGUAUUGUGUCCUGAUUUCUCUUUAGUGGUAUGCUACAAUGUGGCCUUAAAUGUUGAGCUUUCCUAUAUACUGCACGGAGAUUUCCAGAAGUGUGACUUUUUUCAUUCCAA